GUUUACUAAUUUUUGAAAAAGCAAGCAUUGCCUUAUGUAAUGACGGUACGAACGCGUUUCACCAGUUUCUCUCCAAAAUUCAGUAUUAUUGAUUUUUACGAUUAAUUGUUGUAUAGUUAUGAUGAAACUAUGACCAUUUUCACCAUGCUACGAUUGACUGGCAAAAUAAAUUUUAAAUUAUCGUUUCAUACCAAGGUACAUUCAUGGCCUAUUUCUUUCCAGAGUAAUGCUGCUUCACAAAUUUUUAAGAGAUGCCCACAUGCAUCGAACAUACCUGUUCGAUUACUGUGCUGUAAUUCUAAAACAUUUUCAAACAUACUGAAAACGAAUAAAAGCUCUUUUUUUGCUUCUCAUUGUGGUUUCAUUCAGCCUAAUAAACUUUUUAAAGGUGUGCCAGUUAUGUAUUUUAAAACUUCAAGUGCUACAUAUUCUUCUGAAGAUCCUAACAAAAAGAAAGAUGAUGAAGAAGAAUCUAAAACUUCAUUGAUUAUAAAAUCUGCACUAUGGAUGACAACAGCAUAUAUUUUUAUCACUCUCAUGUCCGUCUUAUUCCCUGGGAGUAAACAGCCUGAAGUUGUGCGUUAUGUUUCUUGGAAUGAAUUUUUUUAUCAUAUGCUUUCUAAAGGAGAGGUGGAAGAAAUUGUUGUCAAUCCUGAAACAGAUCUUGUUACAAUCUGUGUUCAUGAUGAUGCCAUAAUUAAAGGGAGAAAAACAGAGCACAAGACAUAUCAUAUGAAAAUUGCUGGUGUUGAAAAGUUUGAAGAAAAGUUAAGGGAAGCUGAAAAGCGUUUUGGCAUUCCUGUUGGUCAAGGUGUUCCUGUAAUUUAUGAAAGAGGUCAAGAAAACACAUGGUUAAUGUUAUUUUCUAUGAUUGCAGUAGUAUUAAUGCUAACACUUCUUCUGAAGCAUGUGCAAAUUAAGGCUCCUCAAACUAUGGAUUUUUUUUCUCAGCUUGGUAGAGCAAAAUUCACAAUUGUUGAUUCUCUGACUGGUUCUGGUAAAGGAGUGCAGUUCAAAGAUGUUGCUGGUUUAAAAGAAGCAAAGAUAGAAAUAAUGGAAUUUGUAGAUUACCUCAAAAAGCCUGAAAAAUAUAAAAUAUUAGGUGCAAAAAUACCUAAGGGUGUUUUACUCUUAGGUCCACCAGGCUGUGGGAAAACAAUGCUUGCAAAAGCAGUUGCAACUGAGGCUAAAGUACCAUUUUUAGCAAUGGCAGGAUCUGAAUUUAUAGAAAUGAUUGGAGGACUUGGUGCAGCUAGGGUAAGAGACUUAUUUAAGGAAGGCAGAAAAAGAGCACCUUGCAUUAUAUACAUAGAUGAAAUUGAUGCAAUUGGACGGAAAAGAAGUGGAACGAAUGUCACUGAAGGAGUAACUGGAGAAGGAGAGCAAACUCUUAAUCAGCUUCUUGUGGAAUUAGAUGGUAUGGCAACAAAAGAAGGGGUUAUAAUGCUUGCUUCUACUAAUAGAGCAGAUGUUUUAGAUAAGGCUUUGCUUAGACCUGGACGUUUUGACCGACAUAUAUUGAUUGAUUUUCCAACUUUGCAAGAAAGAAAAGAAAUAUUUGAACAACAUUUAAAGUCAAUAUCUUUGGAGUUAUCUCCUGAUAAGUAUUCAGAAAGAUUAGCUCAGCUAACUCCAGGAUUCAGUGGUGCUGACAUUGCAAAUGUAUGUAAUGAAGCUGCGUUGUAUGCCGCCCGAAAUAAAAAGAAGAAAAUUACGACAAGUGACUUGGAAUAUGCUGUUGAAAGAGUAGUUGGAGGGACAGAGAAAAGAAGCAAAGUUAUUACACCCCAAGAAAAAAGGGUUAUUGCAUUUCAUGAAUGUGGUCAUGCAUUGGUUGGAUGGCUGUUAAAAUACACAGAUGCAUUACUUAAAGUUUCAAUAGUACCAAGGACAACAAAUGUACUAGGAUUUGCACAGUAUCUUCCAACUGACCAGAAGUUAUAUUCUACAGAAGAGCUUUUUGAAAAAAUGUGUAUGGCAUUAGGAGGACGAGUGGCUGAGACAAUUGUUUUUAAUCACAUAAGCACAGGAGCCCAAGAUGAUCUGAAAAAAGUAACAAAAAUGGCUUAUGCUCAGAUAAAGCAAUAUGGAAUGAAUGAUGUCAUUGGACCUCUCUCAUUUCCAGCUGAAGAAGAAACAGAUAAUUUUGUGGGGAAGAAACCAUACAGUAAGCGUUUAGCUCGUACAAUGGAUGAACAAGCUAACCAUUUAGUUGCAAGAGCAUAUAAGAAGACUGAAACUGUAUUGUUGGAAAACAGAGAUAAAUUGAAUUUGAUGGCAGAAGAAUUGCUGAAACAUGAAGUAUUGAAUUAUGAGGAUAUUGAAAAACUUAUUGGACCACCAGUGCAUGGAAAGAAGCAGUUUAUAGAAGCUAUUGAUUUUGGGCCUUUGGAUGAGCCUCCUAAACAGCCUAAAACUACAACAGAAGAAACUCAAUCAUAGCCUUAUUGUUAAUAGAGGUAUAAGAAUAUGUAAAUAAGCAUUGUUUUUUAAAAUAAAUCGUGAAAUUAAUCCAUAA